AAAUUAAGAAUUUAUUUCAAGCUUUUACCAAACCUAGACUAGGGUCCAAAGAGCAAACGGACGACAAGUUCCAAAGAAGAAAAUGGCAAGCCCUGUGUUAUCGGCUGUAAAAUACGCAAAUGUCACAAAAAGUUUCUUAAGAGAUGCUGUCAGAUGUGUCAGCACUACAUCUUCUCUCCAGUCUCCCAGGAGACCAAAGACAGGGGGCAAAAACAUCGUCCUUGUGGAAGGGGUGCGGACUCCAUUCCUUCAGUCUGGCACCACAUACAAAGAUCUUAUGCCACAUGACCUGGCCAGGACAGCUCUCAAAGGUCUUCUGAAAAGGACCGAUGUUAACAAAAGUGAUGUGGAGUAUGUUGUGUUUGGAACAGUCAUUCAGGAGGUCAACACAAGCAAUGUUGCCAGAGAGGCUUCUCUUGGUGCAGGAUUCUCACAAAAGACACCAGCUCACACUGUAACACAGGCGUGUAUUUCAUCCAAUCAAGCCAUCACUACAUGCAUUGGUUUAAUUGCCUCUGGACAAGCUGAUGCAGUUAUUGCAGGAGGGGUGGAGACCAUGUCGGACGUCCCAAUCAGAUGGGGGAGGAAGCUGAGACAGAUGGCCCUCAAGAUGAACCGAACAAAGGGAGUGCAGAAUCAGCUCUCUCUUCUUUUCAGAACUCUGGCCUCCAAACCUGCCCUCCUGGAGAUCCCAGCAGUGGCUGAAUUCUCCACGGGGGAGGUGAUGGGUCACUCCGCAGACAGGCUGUGUGCUGCCUUUGGGAUCAGUAGAAUUGAACAGGAUGAGUAUGCCUUGAGGUCCCAUUCCAAGGCCCACUGGGCUUCUGAGAAAGGACUACUGUCUGAUGUCCUACCAUACAAAGUUCCAGGUGUGGCUGACACAGUGGUCAAAGAUAAUGGAAUCAGACCAUCCACCAUUGAACAAAUGAGCAAGCUGAAGGCAGCGUUCAUCAAACCCCACGGAACAAUCACAGCCGCCAAUUCUUCCUUUCUGACUGAUGGAGCGUCUGCCUGCCUGCUGAUGACAGAGGAGAAAGCCUUGGAGCUGGGCUACAAACCAAAGGCUUACCUAAGGGAGUUCGUCUACGUUUCUCAGGACCCCAAAGACCAGCUUCUGCUUGGGCCAGCUUAUGCCACACCCAAAGUGUUGGAGAGGGCGGGGCUAGCAAUGUCUGACAUCAGUGUGUUCGAGUUCCAUGAGGCUUUUGCUGGUCAGAUUCUGGCAAACCUAAAGGCCAUGGACUCUGAUUACUUCGCCAAGACCUACAUGAACAGAACUGAGAAGGUGGGGACACCAGACUUGUCUAAGUUUAACCUGUGGGGAGGCUCCCUGUCCAUCGGUCAUCCUUUCGGAGCCACCGGAGUGAGGCUGAUUACCACAGCGGCUAACAGACUGGCUGACGAGGACGGACAAUUUGCUCUUGUAGCAGCAUGUGCAGCAGGAGGCAUUGGUCAUGGAAUGAUAGUAGAAAGAUACCCCCAGAAAUAAAAAGCUCAGUGAAUGAUGCUGAUUGUGAUAUAAACAGUGUCCCUGUGCUUGUGUGUGGUCAGGACAGGGUCGUCAGAGAGCAUAAUGAGACCACUACUGUACAGAUAUCAUUCUCAUAUUUAUUGCAUUAAACAUGAACUCAUCUUUA